AUGGAAGAGAUCAACUGUGAGCUUUCUACUGGAGAACUGUGUACGGGGCAUCCUGGGAAGGAGAUUGGCCAUUCUGGGAAGACGACAUCCCGUACAGAACACCCUGGGAAGGAGAGGAAAUCUGCUCUGAACCAACAUCUAGCCAAACACACCGGUGAGAAACCCUACAUGUGCGGGGAGUGUGGGUACAGGACAGCUUAUAAGUAUGACUUAUCCAAACAUAUGAGAAUUCAUACAGGAGAGAAACCCUACAAGUGUGACCAGUGUGACUAUUCUGCUGCACUGAAAUCUACUUUGGCUCAACACCAAGUAACACACACUGGUCAAAAACCCUGCAUCUGCGAGAACUGUGGUUACAGGGCGGCUAAAAAGUGUGACUUAUCCAGACAUAUGAGAACCCACACAGGAGAGAAACCUUACAGGUGUGACCAGUGUGACUAUUCUGCUGCAAAAAAAUUCGAUUUGGACAAGCACGUAAGAAAACACACCGGUGAGAAACCCUACAUGUGUGGGGAGUGCGGGUACAGGGCGGCUCAAAGGUCUUCCUUAUCCCGACACAUGAGAACCCACACAGGGCAAAAACCUUACAAGUGUGACCAGUGUGACUAUUCUGCUGCAAACAAAUUCGAUUUGGACAAGCACGUAAGAAAACACACCGGUGAGAAACCUUACAUGUGUGGGGAGUGUGGGUACAGGGCGGCUCAAAGGUCUACCUUAUCCCGACACAUGAGAACACAUACAGGAGAAAAACCUUACAAAUGUGACCAGUGUGACUAUUCCACAACACAGAAACAACAUUUGAUCAACCAUCAAAGUAGACAUUCCAGUGAGUUUUUGCGAGCCGAAAUGGAAGAUUCCAGUCGUGAACAUUCUUCGGGAGAGCUGUGUGUUGGACAUCCUGGGAAGGAGAUGGACUAUCCUGAACAAUGUGAGAACAAGAGUGACCACACAGAACACCAUGGGAAGGAGAUCCAGACUAUGAUGAUCCCACGCCAGAUUAUGGGAAGGCCUCUGAUCAAAAACACCGGUGAGAAACCUUACAGGUGUGAGCAGUGUGGAUAUAGGGUAGCUGAUGAGUCUGCCUUAUCCCAACAUGUGAAAGUUCAUGAAAAACCUUACAAGUGUGACCAGUGCGACUAUGCUGCUUCACAACACCUCGCAAAACACACCGGUGCGAAACCCUACAUGUGUGAGGCAUGUGGGUUCUGGACAGCUAAAAAGUCAUAUUUAUCCGUUCAUAUGAAAACCCACACAGGGGGGAAAUCUUACAAGUGUGAUCACUGUGACUAUUCGGCAGCACGGAAACAGCAUUUAGACCAACAUUUAGCAAGACACACAGGUGAGAAACCCUAUGCAUGUGAGGAGUGCGAAUACAGGACGGAUCUAAAGACUAACUUAUCCCGACAUAUUAUGAGAACGCACACAGGACAAAAACCUUAUAAAUGUGACCAGUGUGACUAUUCUGCUGCACUGAAGUGUGAUCUGGACUACCAUGUAGCAAACCACACCGGUGAGAAACCCUACAUGUGUGGGGAGUGUGACUACAGGACAAAUCGAAGGCCUUGUUUAACCCGGCACAUGAGAACCCACACAGGUGAAAAACCCUACAAGUGUGACCAGUGCGACUAUGCUGCAGCACAGAAAGGAACACUAGACAAACAUCGUAAACAACACACUUCAAGGAAACCCUGAAUGUGUGAGAAGCGUUGAGUACAGAACAGCUCAAGUGGCAAACUGAUCUGAACUGGAAAACCCCAAAAUUAUCAAGGAGGCCAUUCUGCAGUAUGAAAAUUCAUCAGAUAAAAAUGGUAAUCAUACCAUGUUCAAGAAACUUACUAGUAGGUUUUUAUCUUUGUAAUCUUCUCUAUGGUAACAUUGGACAACAGGAAAAAUACAUUGUAUCCAAGUAUCUAGUAUGUGAGUGUUGAUAUCCCUAGUGAUGCCUGUUAUGGUUACAUGUUGCGGUAUUUAGAAAUGUUAGCAAUUAGGUUUUCAGAAGACGCCUAAAAUCGGUCCAAGAUGUGCUCAAGCACGAUGAGUGUAACCUGACUCAGAAUGUUGUUCAUGAUUUAUGUUUAUGUUUGAAAUGUUACAGUCUAGAGUAAUGUUAGAUAUUCAGAGUGAAUGAUACACUAGUGGAGAUACCCAUAGUUUGCACAAGAAAGCGGUGGGCUUUUGGACGGAUUGGGGGAGGGCAUACAUACAUACAUACAUACAUGUUCCGCUUCCAGUGCUAUCUAUCAAUCAUCAUUACAGUUAGGUCCUUAUCACAUAGUACAGUCUCUGAUUCAAUAAAGUUCUUUAGCAUAAGGUGUGGACGGCCUCUUCUCCUGUUUGCUUCUGGGGACCAAAAUAGCAGUUUAC